AUGGCUUCCAAAUUACCUACGAUUCCGCGGGUGACGUUUACCAUUAUUGAGCCGAUUUCUUUAAUCGCCGGCUUCAUCGGCGCCAUCUGGGACCCAGCAUGGUUCGUCGCCGAGCAGCUGCCCGAGAAGCAGGUGUUUCCUGCAUCGGAGCACAGUCUGGUCAUGGCGCAGCAGCUGGGCAACAUGUAUCUUCUCAUGUGCUUUGUCGGGCUGGCAGUCCUUACGACAACUUCCGAGAUCAAGGUGGUCCGGAGCUAUCUCGUCGCGCUGUGGCUCGGUGACAUUGGCCACCUUGCUUUCACAUGCUUGGCGCUGGGCAAGGAGAGGGUGCUGCAGCCACAGGUGUGGAAUGCCAUGACCUGGGGCAAUAUUGGAUUUACAACGUUUGUUUUCGUGAUGCGCUCCGCCUAUCUUACGGGUCUUUUUGGAAGGGAGCAAGAAGCAGCACGGAAGACAAAGAAGACGGCAUAA